CAGUUUUCAUCUUGCUGCGGUCCCUGGUUAUCAGGCUCCUCAGCAGCAGACUGGCAGGCUCAGUGGCACAGUAUCUCAGGAGAAUCCUCUCAACAGGCGCUACACACCUUGGCACAGUGCUGCGCCACAUCUGGGACCGUGUUCGAUCCCAGGAGUCCAAGGAAGCCAUCCUGGGCUGUGUGCUGUGCAUUCUCAACAUGCACAAGAAGGUGGAGAAUUGAGCUCUCUCUCCACUUUCGGUUCCACCCUCCACUUGACUGCUGAGCUGAGACUGGACUGUUUAGUCAGGAAAGCGUACAAAGGGAUGUAAUAGACUUUUUUCAGUGCUCAUUUGGACUUCAGCAAUUUUGUUUUUUUUUUUCUUACUGGGACAUUAGUCAUGUCUGAGAGCAUUGUGAGGAAAGUGCAGCCCUUCACCAUUGGGACAAGGCUGUCAGCUCCUGCUGUGCCAAAAUGCCAGGAUUUUACACAGAGUUAUCUGCCCAGCGAGACUCUGGAUAACUGUGUGCUACAGCACAAUCUGAACUCACUCUACCUCAGUGGAUCACAGGUGUGUGCACAUGGCCCCUGUCUCGUCUCUCCGAUCGUCAAGCAGGUAGCCCCCGUGAAACACAACCAAGAGUGCAUGGCAGCAGAGGACCAGCUGAAUCAGAACGUUGCCACUGCUUCUGCCGUCUCCAGAUCAAUAAAGAAGAUCACAAUCUCUGGGAGUAAAGACAGACCAGAGAACAAGAUGACAGUGGAGCCUGCAAUUACACGAUGCACAUCUGAAAACAACAAUAAUAACAACAACAUCACCAGCACAUCAGAAGUAAAUCUGCCAAGAAUAGUGGGUGUGAGCUGUGAGAAUAAGCCCACUUCUCAAUUUAAGGUUUUACUCAGAAAAGAGCGCAGUGAUGAAUUUCAGCCCACGCAGGGACAAACCAGGCCGAGAAUAAACGGAGAAAAAUCCGUCCAACAGAUAUCAGUGCCUGAACUGCAGGAGACAGAGCCUCGGUGGAAAGAAAACCAUCCACGCACGCAGAUUGAAGGGCCAGCAGCUGUUACACCCCCGAGUGACUGCUUCACUCAGCGCAACUCACUCUUCAGCAAGGAAGUGCUGCAGGCUGAGGCGUGGAUCAAAGGCAAGCUACAGGAUUUAAAGGAUGGAUGUAAUAUUCAGUGCUGCCCCCUGGAGGAUUGGGAGGAAGCCUCGCAAAUGCUUCAGAGAGACCUUAAAGACUUCGAGAACACCCUGAUUCAACUCAACCAGAUGGGUGAGCAGCUGAUCUGUAAACUGAACCCCACAUCUGAUCUGGUGAAGAAGCAGCUCGGUCAGAUCAGGGACCAGUGGCAGACCCUCAAACAGAUGGCUGCGAAUCAGGUGAGGGCCCUAGGAGGAGCCAAGAACCUGCAGGAAUUCAACAAAAAGGUGGACAAGCUGGAGGCAUGGAUUAAAGAGAAGCAGGAAGAGGAGCAGUGUCUGGUGAAUGUCCUGGGAGAAAAUGUUGACAAAAUGCAGUUGACUAGAAGAAUUUUAGAUCUGAAACAGGAUGAGCAGCUACACAGAAAUCUCCACGAGGAAAUCAACAACUUGGCGCUGAAACUGGAGAAACAAGGGAAGACAGAUAGCAAAAACAUCUCCAGCAGGAGGAAACACAUCAAUAAAAUGUGGCUGAAGGUGCAGUCUCAUCUGAAAAACUACCAUGAAAAUCUUCAUCUGGCUCUGGAAGUGUCCUCGUUUUACCAGCAGGCUGAUAAUAUAUUAUUUGCUAUUAACGGCAUGAGGAAAAACAUGUCUGCAUUGAAAGACCUGGACACCUUUGGAGACCGAGAAAUGCGUGAGAUCGCCAGUCAGGUCAUGAUGCUUGAUGUGAGUGUGUCCCAGCUGUCGAAUGUCCAUCCUGCCCUGGCUGCCAGCGUCACACAAAAGCAGAGUGACGUGAAAGACUGCUGGUCACUUCUUCAGAAGGUUUUCAGGAGUGACAAGACCCCACUCUCUCUCCCCGGCUCCGCUUUCACCAGGGAAGAUUCUGACCUCCUGACACCGGCCCGAGAACGCCAGUGCAGCAUGGGAAUGAAGGCAAAUGGUAUCAUGGGAAAGGAGGUGAAGGAGGAGAAGAAUCAUCUAAAAGGCUGUGCUAGUACUGCUGACAGUGGGAGUGGUCGACGAGCACAGAGCAGCCAAAGCCAGGAGCAGCAAUCAGUGAACCACACCUCUUUACCAAUGGGAGACGGCCCUGCCUGCGCAGAUGAUGCUAUCGUCGGAAAUCAGUUGAAGGGGGAAAGCAGGAAGCCCAGAACAGAACCCAAGAUUGCCACCCCCUCUCAAGGCCACCCACAGCUUCACAUACAGCUUCAGAGGUUCACCGUGUCUGCAAACAAGACUUUGUCGUGGCUCAAAGACAAUGUGUCCAUGGCUACACAGGUGUGUUCAAUAGCCAGUUUUGAGGGGCUGGAGGCAGCGAGGAGGUGCCAGCAUACCCUUGAGCAGGAAAUCCUCAACAAUCGAGCCAGGAUCGAGGUGGUCAAAAGGGAGGGCCACGGGCUGGUCCGGGCACAGCACCCAGGCAGCACAAAGAUCGAGGAGUUCCUUGGCCAGCUGGAGGUCCUGUGGGAAGAGCUGAGGAAGAGGCACCAGAGGAAUGCUGUGUUCCUGCAAGCCUCAGAAGAGCUGGGUUUUAGGGUUGUGAAAGUGCUCCAGGCCCUUGGCAGUUUGGAGGCCUGGCUGGAGUCUGUGGAGCUUUCCAUGAAGGAAUCUGCCUUAGCCGGUGAUCCUGAAACAAUGAGCAUGGCUGAGAGGGAAAGCCGUUUUCUGGAGAAAGAGGUGGCAUCCCGCAGCCUGGAGCUCAGUGCUCUGAGGCAUGAGGUGGACCGCCUUCAUGGUCACAGUCACCCACAUACACGAGGGCUGCCAGCACGCAUGGAGGAGGUGGAGAGAAAGUACUACCGUGUCCAAAGUGCCCUGACCCAGCAGAGCUCUGAGCUGCAGGACACUCGCAUGCUGACUGAGUUCCUGGAACGCGUGGAGCUGGAGGAGAGUCAGGAUCUCAGCGGUAGUCAAUACAGACUAGGCCAGCCUCUCCACAGUGAAAUUUCCCCAGCUCCUACUUUGCUGACGCUUCAGAGCAGUGGCAGUGGUGAGCCUCUGAUAGAAACCAUGGGGGACCCUGUGGAGGAGCUACGAGAGGCUGUAGAGAUGCUGAAUGACACAGUGAGAGAAAGAGGUCGGUCACAAAGCCACGACCAGGCUAUCCAGGAGCUUCUCAGCAAGCAUGCCAGCCUGGCGGUGCGUGUGGAGGAGUGUUUGUGCUUCAGCAAGGAUCUGAGCCUGGACAUCCUAGAGAAGGAGACAGACAUGGCCAUCCAGUGUGAGCCAGACCGCUGUGGCCUAGAAGCUCUGCAGGAGGAGCAGGACCACCUGGAGAUUGACUACGAAAUCAUCAGGGAGGACGUAAAAGAGAUGCAGAACCAGGCUUCUCGACUGAAAGAGCUGUGCCCAGAGAGAGUGCAUGUACUAGAUGCAAAGAUUCAGGCGUCACUGCAGGCCUGGAACGAGCUGGGAAAGAGCGUGACAGAGAACAAAUCACGUCUGAAAGAGUUUGCACAGCUCCAGGACUUCUUCAGGAGCUACCUCGCCAUGAUCUCAUGGACAGAAGACACCAGGUCAUGCAUUUUCUCUGAUACCGCUUUGCAUCUUGGGAAAGAUGGGCAGAUACCACUGGUUGCAGAGCUGGAUGUGCAAAUUGAGCAAAAGUUUGAGGAGUUUGAUGAGCUGGCUGCCACAGGCAAAAAUCUUUUAGACAAGGAACACCACCUCACACAGAUGGUGAGAGAGCGCAUGGAGGAACUGAGGAGUAUGCUUGGGUGGAUCUUGGUGCACUGGAGGGCUCAGAAACAACAGUGGCUUCACAAGAAGAGCAGAGAGGAGCCUUCACAGGACAACAUUUACUCCGAGGCGACAAUGUGUCCGCCAUCAACAGAGAAUUCAACUCCUGAGCUAGAGCACUUCCAUUCUCAUCAGUCCCAAGUUGUCGCUCCUAUUGAAGACACGACAAAGGCAGAAAGCGAUAGCAAGCCAUCGUGCCCGGUGCCCAGACACGCUGAGAAGCAUAAAGAAGAGCCAUCAGAGGAUGGGUAUGAGGUCAUGAACAGCAUUGGACCCCAGGGCGAUCCUCCCAAAGCCAACAUCGUGGUGCUUAAAGAGAGCAGCAGCCCUCCUGUAGGGGGAACAGUCAACCUCAUCCUUAGCUUUGGUAACACAGGGGACAGCCAGGUUCAGGUGCUUGACCUGCCUGCUGGGACAAAAGAGGUAGUGGAGGAGACCUCUGAGCCUGUCCACAGGCCCACUGUGCCUCAAUCUUCUGCCUAUAAAAACUUUUGGAGGCGCUGCCAGGGGCUUUUGGAAAAUACUUUGGGUAGUUUAAAGCGAAAGAGAAAGAUUUAUCGGCAGAGUGCAAAUGAGGUAAGUACCUACUUGCAUGUCAAGGAUAACAACCUGGCUGUGGCCCCUGUGUAUGAGAGUAUCACCCUGCCCCGCCAAAAGAGCCGCUCAGCAGCCUCAGCCUCCCCUACUUUCUUGCCGUCCUCCUCCUUGCCAUCCUCCUCAGCGCAUGUAUAUCAGGGAACCAGUGUAAAUUUCCACAACACGAUGGGGAACGGGGGCGGCUCCAUCUUCAGCAGCAUCAAGAGAAUGGGCAAGAAGAGGAAGAGGAAGAGAGAUGCUCGUAGACACACUAUCCAGAAAAUCAUGGGAGUGGAGGAGCAAACAGAUGGGAUGCCUCAUUAUGCCUCUGAGACAAUCACAUAUGACACACAUACGUGGCCACUGAAGGAAGGUCGGAGGAAGAAGAAGAAUGGGGAUGCAGUAGAGGCCAUUGCCUAUAUGAAGAAUCCCCUGUUGAAGGACAUUGAUACAGAGUGUUCAGGAGAGUACAGCAUUACUCCAUAUGCUGUAUCAGCAGGGCCAACCACUACACCUGCAGCAGGUCAGGUGAAAAGCCACUGCAGAUUCCUCUCUUUGGGUUCCGUGUUGAGCUUUGAUCUACCUAAGGACAUGACUCUCAUCCCCAGCAUUCAGGACAUCAUUACUAUCGCCCCGCCAGAGUCCAAAAAAGUAGUCGGGACUGAUCCGGACCCUCACUCCCAGAGACAAACAGUCCUGAGCUCCUUCCGACAGACUAAGCCCACUCCCCCUAUCACGCAUGACACUUCAGGUGAAAUCAGCUUUGGUGAGACACAGCCAUUGACAUCUCUGGGGAAAGAUCUGCCUGAUGUGGACAGCAGUUUGCAACCUCCACCAUCUCCCUCCCAGGAAGAAGAUGAGGAUCAGACUGUACAAUGUGAUGACUCAUCUAAAACCCAGUUGACUCUCUGUGAGGAGGCAGAGCAGGAGUCGGACAAAACGUUAUCAGAGAUUAAAACUAGUACAGCUGAAAAGGACAGGACUACUCAGCCAUCACAGCUGCAUAUUUAUGUGAACCAGGCCCCCACUUCCACUACAGCUAUACAUAAACAUGAAUGCCUUAGUGUUCAUACGCUCAUUAGAGACCUGAAUGGACACCAUUACCAUAAAUGUGCAAGACCCCACAGUCUUCAUGAAGAGGGCCCUGGACUUCAGUCAAGCCAAUCUUCCUUCAUGAGAGUCAGUCUGAAGUCAACAAAGAGUGUUCGACAGGACUCUGUGGACUCUGGCAUCUCCACCUCCAGCAGCAUCAAGCUUUGCAAAGAGGAUACUCCACAUCCUGAGAGCCAGCAGCCUAAAGGAGUGGUGAGGAAGCUUAUAUCUCUUGAAGUGGGAGGUACAGAUUGCACUAAAACAAGAGAGAAUGAUGCAGCAGGUCCGUGUCCCCACACAGCAGUGAUAGAAACAGAGCCUGUUCACCUUGAUCACCAGCAGUUUGAGGAGGAGGAGGAAGAACUAGAGGACAUCUGGAACCAGACUACUAACUAUAGGCAGAGCAUUUGCUCAGACAUCAUGUACCAGCCAAAUGAGGAAGAGUCCUUACCUUCAGACCAACCCGGACAGACACCUUCAGAUACGACCCCGGCUGUGCUCUACAGGAAUCUCGUCACAGCUUCAGCACCCAACCUCCUUGUGGCCGAAUUCAAACUGCCCACACACAUUCAGAAUCUGCUGGGUUAUGACAAGGGCCAGAGUCCCAAAGAUCACCUUCCUCCUCUGGCUAUAGGAGACAGAAGGUCCUGGGCAGCUUUUCCUAACAGGGAACCAGCCAGCAAGACUUCAGUGACAGUGAAUGAGACCGCAUCGGAUCCAGUGAAGCUUCCAGAUGUAGGGGACAAUCAGAGAUACAUUUAUCAGUACAAAGAGGAUGAGGAGGAGGAAGAGGAGAAGAAGGUGGAGAAGGCAAAGGUGGGGGAGGAGGCAGACGAGUACACAGGCUGCUUGAAGGACCCUUCAGUGAGUCUCCUGUCCGUUCAUAUGGGUUUGGAUGGGACCUGUCAGCAAAGAAAAGCUUCACAGACCCAAGAGGACUUGGAGGAGCUUGUGGCCUCAGGAUGGCGCUGUUUCACCUCAAGUGGAAAACCUGAGCUGCCGUCUAUGGAGGGGAUGCUUGAGAGGAAACACAAGCUGCAGCUGGGAGGGAAGAAAGCAUCCUCCAGAGGUUGGAACUCCUACCAUGCUGUCCUAUAUAGACACACCUUGUGCUUCUACCAGGAUAGAAAGGAUACUCUGAAGAGUUCUGCGUGUGGCCUGCCACUGAACCUCACAGGAGCUGAGUGUUUACCUGUCCCAGAGUACACCAAAAAACCCAACUGCUUUCGAUUAAGGCUCCAUGAUGGGUCUGAAUAUCUGCUUAAUGCCUCUUCACGCUUUAUGAUGAAGAAAUGGAUGAUGAAAAUACAAGCAAACACAGGUCACACAGUGUCUAGGUCUGCACUAUCAGGUGUCCCUGUUGAUGAAGACCUCCCCAGUUCCUUAAAGCCCUCCUUCUGUUUUGGAUGUCAUGAUCCAGACCGUUGCCACUUCUCCUCUCACGAUGAUGUCACCCAACCGUUCCCCAGGCACAACCCGCCGGGAACCACCCAGACCAAAGAAAUUGCCGUCCUCACCAGAGAGCUGAGUCACAACCCACAGAGUCACUUAAAGUGUUUGGAUGAACAUUCAGUCCCAUCCUCAGAAGCAGGCUGCCGUGAUGUUGAUAAAAGCAGCUUAAAGCAGAUGAUGACUCACAGACUGUCUGGAGGAUUCAGAGACAACACCGCUUCCUCUCCCCACUCCCCUUUAUCCAGCACUCAGGACUGGCUCAAUAGCAAGCGCCGCUCCCACUCCUUUACAUCAUCAACUUACCAGAAGAUCAAACCCAUGUUGCGCACGCCUGAAGGAAAAGGCCUGGAAACAGGCUCCAACUACUGCGUGACUCUGGUGGUGGGAGACAAGUCAACGGACAGCGCAUCAGCAAGCAGAAGCUCUGAGCCUCCGCUGCUGGGUUUAGCUGGGUGGGAGCAGGACAAGUAUCAGGACGCUGCUCUGAGGAGCUACGUGAGCCUGCCGCGGCCUCGCAACAAGUCUGUCUUCAAAAAGUUCUUUGGGAAAAGAGACCUCUGAGUUUGUUUGUUUUUUUAAUGAUGAUUUAUAUCGUUUGAUUGUGCAGUGCACAUAUUAAAAAAAACAAAAAAAAAAAAA